UUCGUCUAUUUCGUGCAGACGCAGAGAUUAUCUGCAUAAUCAAAAGUUUGUUUAUUAACAGAUCUCCGUGUAACCUAAAAAAGGGGCGAAGAGGAGGGGGGUGGUGGUGGGGGUGGGGAAAGGAUCGUGGCGCAAAAUGAGAGGCGCCAAUCAGGACAACGCUACGCCUUACUGCCGGUGCCGAGUCCUGUACCUCGGGAGUUCGGUGCCUCAUGCUAGUAAGGAGGGAUUGCUGGGGGUGCAGGAACCCUUGCGGGAAUUGUACCCGGAACAAGGAGCGCUAGGGGCGCGGGGUAUAGAUUCGUGGUUGAGCGUUUGGAGCAACGGUCUUCUGCUCGAGAAUGUUGACGAGCACCGUAAGAAGAUCACUCGAUUCUUUCCGAUCGAGGCUCUGCACUACUGCGCGGCGGUUAGGCAUGUAAAAGGGGGGGGCGGCGGGGGCAGCGAGCCCUCGACUACGCGAUUUCUGCCCCUAGACUCGCCCUUCGCCAGAACCCCUAGCGCCAACCACCCGCCCCUUUUCGCCGCCGUGCUGCGACGGACCUCGGGAAUCAAGGUCCUCGAGUGUCACGCGUUCAUCUGCAAACGCGACAUGGCGGCCAACGCCCUCGUUCGCUGCUGCUUCCACGCUUACGCCGACAGCAGCUACGCCAAGGGCCUCGACCCCGCUAACGUCGCCCCGGCGCUCCCAGCCGCCAGUAGCCUCUAUCACACCCUCGGUGGCUCGAGCACGACCCUUGACAGCCCGUCGCCGCCUCGCCUCGACGCGUCGACCGACGAUCUCAGCCUCUACAACGGCAACGAGAACCACAAGGUCUGGGCUCGGGGUCGAGAUGAGGUCGACGCUGGAUACCAGGAUCAGCAUGGCACACUGAGAAGCACACGAGGCUCGCGACCCCGCCAACUAGUCGCGCCGCCCCCGCCGCCUCCGCCGCCACCGCCUGCCCAGCCCCUCAUCCACGAGGAACUAGCCACCGCCAGGAGAAAGACUACCGCCAGCAGGAAACUCAAGAAGCGGAACCUCCGCGCCCACGAGGAACAACUCCUCCAGCACCAUCAAGUCUACGCCAACGGACACGGACAUCACACCCUUGGGCACCCCGUUCGGCAGCAUUUCCACCACCCGCAUCACUCGGUCCCGCAGAGCAGCCGAUCCGUCGCUGGAACCCUCGGCAGACCCGCACCUGUUCUUCUUGUCCCGGCAGCGACCUUGCCGAGAAAGGCUCACCACGCGCAUCCCCGUGGCGUAAGGCCCAUUCCCACCGCAACACCGAUCGUGCCGAUUUACGCCCCGCUUCCGGUGCCGCCACAGGCCGCCAUGUACGGUGACGUACGAUCGUACGGCACCAUGGGGAACCGUGGGGCCCGACGCCAUCCGGACGUUGACAAUUCGACUCUGGGGACGGCUAGAAGGCUCGCAGCUUCUCACGCCGAUCUGACCGCCCCCGAACCGCAGCCCCAGGACAACGCGGAGACGGAGUCGCGGUUUGGGACUGGGAUUUAUCGCCGGAAGGGACACCUUAAUGAACGGGCUUUUUCCUACAGCAUUCGCGCCGAACAUCGGAGUCGCAGUCACGGCAGCCUCGCAUCCCUCGGUUUCAGCGCUCAAAAUGGCGCCACUCUGCCCAAGGAGGACAAAAAGGACCGCGAAAUUGCCCAGCUCGUUGCUGGACUGAAUUUGGACGACAAUCCUGAGAAGGGGGGCCACCAUCAGAACCCCCCAGGGCCGUAUUCUAGGGGCGUACCUGGCCCCGCUUCACAUCCUCAGCCCCAACCAAGGCCAAGGCCUCGUUAGCACAUAUUUGCAGAAAUUGUGCAGCAGACCUGAUUGUAGACUCGAUCCAUCCAUGUAUUGUUAAGGGGAUGUGUCGGCGUGCCAAAGACGUGAUCGCUGGUCGUAUUUCAUUACAUUUAUUCUCUCUCCAGAGUGACGAAACAGUUUUAAACUUUGGGAAAUGAUGCCAUUUGUUGUUGCGCUUAGAGUGUACUCUUUGAGAAAAAUACCGAAAAUUGAUGUCGUGAUAGGAAAAAUAUGGAAUUAUUAAUGGUGUCCAUAACCUUAAAACGAGUAAAAAUCAACUGCAAGUAUUAUAUAUUCAUUGUAUUUUCGUGAAUUUUUUUUUAAACUUUUCUCAACUAUCGCAACUGUCGCAAAUACCAUCAUUUGCCAAAGUUUCUAACAAUAAGCUUUUUAUAACCUACUCUGGGGAGAAAAAAAGUUUAAAAUACGACUCGCUCACUACCUCGGCACUUCGAUUUAAGCACUUGUAUUAUCUCGAGCUAAAGUGAGACGCGAUUCCUGUUUUCAUCAUCGACGUGUAAUCAACACUCGUGUACAUAAUAAACAUCAUGGACGGGUCGUCUCGUCUUCGGUGGAUGACGUCAAUCAAACUUGUCGUGUCGCCGCGUAUUCGUUUAACGCAGCGUUAGAAUAUAUAAGGUAUGAAGUUUGGAACGUUAAAAAUUUGAUGAUUCGCGAUUUUAGAAUUAUGUGAGAUUCAGUUCACUGUAACAGGGUGAAGCAUGCUCACAUAGCUCUGCAAAUAAAAGUCCUUCAAAGGUAUUCUAAGGUUACAAAAUAUUGAUUUUUCUUCAAUAGUUUCUCACUCUAACUUACAUUACAAACUUUAACCUCCUGUUAGAAUUCCAUUAAAAUAUCUUUCCCGCGAGCAAGACAACGAAUAACGUAGCUGUGGGUUGAGUGUCGUUACGUAAUGUUUGGUUAACGUCACUGGGUGCGGUGUGGCCCAAAAACGUGGUGCAUUGUUUGAUUCAAAUAAUUAUACAUCGAAUUCGCAGAGUCUAUUGUAUUGCCAAUAUUGUAACAAAUAUGUCUUAAGAUUCUUCUUCAACGCUUUCUGCGGUACAAAGAAGAGCGUCGGAGAACGAUGAAUACAAUUCACGCAUUACUCAGUAUGCAUAUGAUCAUUAUAAGAUGAACGAUUCAAUAAAAAAGAUCAUGUGAUAGCAUCGUGAUGCGUCGUCUUCUUUAGUCAAUGCCACUGCAGCGUAUACGUCAUUCUGUAUGAUAAUUAUUAUCGCAUCUUGAGGUAAAUCGUUUAGGUUAUAAAUUAUAUUUCUUUUAAAUUCUUACGUUCGUAAGAAUUUUUAAGCGAUUAAAUAACGUUUACUCUUAAUUAGAGUAGACUGUUUUUCUCUAAUUCAACCGGCUGAAAUGUACCUCGUAUGGUAAAGAAGAAGAAAAGUGAAUCAUCGAUGAUUUUUCAAUUGCAAAAACUAACCGCUUUCAUAUUUUUCAUAUACGUACAACUUAUUUGACUAGAAAGAUAUAAGUAGUAUUUGAACAUGAAACGCGAUUCCAUCUGUUACAAUAUUUACACACUGAAACACGCAAGCGUCUCGUAAUUUUAUCAGACGGAUAGAAAUUCCGAUUUUAUAAUGUAAUACCGAUCACUCGAGUCUGCAUGCCACGAGAUGUUAGCAAGUUAUGCAUUUCAUUUCUAGAUAUUAUUACAAGAAAUUCAUGCUAGUCGUUGUAUUUCACACUCGCUCACAUCCGAUUCCAAUCGGUUGCGGCACCCUGCAAUUAUUACUCUGAAACACGGGUUACGCCGCAGACGAAAGAACUAUUAAAGAUUGCGUGCAUUCGUCCGUGGCUGUAGCAAUUACACCAGUUAAUAGUCGAAGAGGAUAUACCUCGGAGUGAAUUGCAAAUUGCAAAAUUUUCCAUCUCCUUAAUCACUUAUAUUUAAUCGCAUUGCUUCGACCGUUAGUUUGAAAAAUAACGGAUGAUUGAAAUCGAACUGAGCAUAAUACAAGUGAACGACUUAUAAAUUCUUCCGGAAAUUUACGUCACGCAAUGAAAUCCACUUGUGCAUAAAUUUCGACUCUCGAAAUUCAGUCUCAUCACGAUUUUAUUCGGUCAAAUAUUCCAGAACGAAGAGUGUGGGAUUUCACUAGAUGUAAUUUGCAUAACAAUGCAAUUUUGCAUUCAACACGUUCGCAGGAACGGAACUCUCGACACAUUCUAAUUUCGUCAAAAGAAUUCUUUUAGGCCGCGAGAUUACUGUUUAAGUAAAAUCAAUUCUGAAAAUCGAAUGUGGACUGUUAAUUCGCCGAUAGAACGGUGGCAUUUAUAAGUUACACAUGGCAAAGGCGUUCGUUCGCAAAAUACCCCUUCGAUUUACCGUUCAAAUUCAUUUCAGGUAAUACGAAAAGGAAGUUACGUGACGAUUACAAACAGUCCUAUAUUACUUACUAUUCGGUAUGUCGGUUACCUUUUUUCUGCCCCACUCCCGGAGUCAAUGACUUUCAAGUAAGGUUCGAGCAUUAACGUCAAGCUCCGUUAGGCAAACGGAUUCUACGGCAACCAUAUUCUCACUAUGUUCGAGGCUAGACCGCGAUAUGAAUAUAGAAACUGUUUGGCAGGCAGGUAAAAACUGCUUAACCCUUAGCUCCAGGGUGCCUGAGGCGUUUUAGUUGUGUGCUUCCGCGUGAAGGCGAAUAUUCCAUCAUUUGUUUACUAUUUGAAAAUUUUCUUCAACUUCUUAACAAGCGUAUCGGCACCGAAUUCUGACUGACACGAUUGGUCAGUGAAUUCUAAUUACUUUAAUAUAAAUUGUGACGAUAUUAUGUCUUCCCGAAGCUAAAAACUCGUGAAAUAUUGAUUAUAAAAAACUUUGUGCGCAAUAUUUUAUUCCAAUAUUAAAUAUUAAGGUUAUUGUUGUGCCUGUAGAAUAUAUUGCUAAUUUGUUGCUAAUUUUUUCGCAGAAAUUAGGAUCUUAUAUAUAUGGAAGUAGUUACGCUUGUAUUAGUAUGUGACUAUCUUCACUAAAUUAUAUAUGCAUAUAGAUAUACACGAAUAAGCAUCAAUAAAUAUAAAUACACAACGUACAUAAUAUAAUAUAUCUAUGUAUAAUAGUAAUGCCUUAAUAUUCUCGUUACAUGUGUUAGAGCGUGCACCAAUAGGAAUGUGCCAUCCAGUAUGCGAAAAAGACUCAUCUAAUAAUGUUAUCUAAAGAAAUAAUAAUAUCAACAACAACAAUAAUAACAAUUAUAACAAUAAUAAUAACGGUAAUAAUUAUACUAAUAAUAAUAAUUAUAUAUGUGAAUAUAUUAUUAUAUAUGCGUGUUAUGCAGGCAAUGAAGAGACAAUAAUAAACGUAUAGUAUA